UAGCAAAGGAGGAAGUGCCCUCGGUUUAGAUAUCCUCCCAAUGCUGGACAGGUAAAUAGGCCUGUAUAAUAUUUUGGGACUAUCGUAUGGUUACCUAGCUGUCUUUAAAUCAAGAAGACGUAUGUUCUUCUUAAAAGGAAUUUGUUGAAGACUUUGGCUGUACCAGGACAAUCAUUAUCUAAUAGUGUUUACAACACCAGUGAAAAAUGACUGCCGUGGAUUUAAUCAUUAAGGAAGGCUGGCUUCAGAAACGAGGUGAGUACAUAAAAAACUGGCGGAUGAGAUAUUUUCAACUAAAGGCUGAUGGCUCCUUUCUUGGUUACAAAGAGCGUCCGACAGCGUUUACGGAAGUACUCAAUAAUUUUACCGUGGCAAAAUGUCAAAUAUUAAAAACAGAAAAACCAAAACCAAAUACGUUUUUGCUGCGCUGUCUGCAAUGGACGACCAUUAUCGAACGAACGUUUCAUGUAGAAUCUGCACAAGAACGAGAGGCGUGGGUACAGGCAAUUCAGAAUGUAGCUGACUCCUUACAUCGUCAAGAGGCGAUUUCCGUUGAAACAUCACAAAGUAACACACAACCACAGAAACCAUCCGAUUCUGGUACGGGUUCAGUGAAGUCAAAGGAAGAGGGCGAUCGAUCAUCGAUAAUAUCAACUACCACACGAAAAGUGACAUUACAUGACUUUGAAUUUCUGAAAGUUCUUGGUAAAGGAACGUUUGGGAAGGUGUUGCUAGUGCGAGAAAAGGCUUCAGGGGAGUUCUAUGCAAUAAAGAUUCUCAAAAAGGGUGUAAUUGUCGCAAAGGAUGAAGUUGCACAUACACUAACAGAAAACCGAGUGUUAAAAACAACUCGGCAUCCGUUCCUUACGUCUUUAAAGUAUUCAUUCCAGACACCGGACAGGUUGUGUUUUGUGAUGGAGUACGUGAAUGGUGGCGAGCUAUUUUUUCACUUGUCGAGGAUGCGAGUGUUUGACGAAAGUCGAACACGGUUUUACGGUGCAGAGAUCAUCUCCGCAUUAGCUUACCUUCAUGAAUGUAAUGUUAUAUAUAGGGAUCUUAAGCUUGAAAAUUUGAUGUUAGACAAAGAUGGGCAUAUAAAAAUCACAGAUUUUGGACUUUGUAAAGAAGCAAUUUCGUAUGGAGACACAACGCGGACCUUUUGUGGAACACCAGAAUACUUAGCACCAGAGGUUUUGGAAGACAAUGAUUAUGGUCGUGCUGUGGAUUGGUGGGGCACCGGUGUAGUCAUGUAUGAAAUGAUGUGCGGACGGUUGCCAUUUUAUAAUCGUGAUCAUGAAAUACUUUUUGAGAUGAUCCUCUCCGUUGAUGUAAAAUUUCCAAGCCGGCUGUCUGAUGAGUCAAAGAGCUUGUUAUAUGGAAUGUUGAGGAAAGACCCAAAAUUAAGGCUAGGUUGUGGGCCCACCGAUGCAAAAGAAAUUAUGAACCAUAAUUUCUUUGAUAGCAUAAACUGGCAAGAUUUAUAUGACAGAAAGAUUGAACCGCCAUUCAAACCUCAAGUAACAUCUGCAACCGAUACACGUUAUUUUGAUGAGGAAUUUACUGCCGAGCCUGUCGAACUCACCCCUCCAGAUCAAGCCGAUUCUGAAUCACAUCUGAAUGAUGAAAAACCUCAUUUUGCAAGUUUUUCUUACCAAGAAGAAAAGGGUAUUAAAAAAUGAACUCUUGUGGGUGAUCAGAAUCAUCAGAUAUUUGUCAGGACCACCAGAUAAUUAUCAAGACCAUCAUGUGAUUUCCUGGAUCCUCUGGUGAUUGGCAGGAUCAUCGGGUGAAUAUGAAGAUAAUCUGCUGAUUUUCUGCAUCAUCACAAUUGACUGAUGUCCUUAGCCAGUGAUGUAUAGCUCCUGUCCAUUCUGCUGCGGUCACUUAAUAUGCCGACUUAACCCUAAGUGGAAUAGAAUGUUGGGUAGCGCAUGGCAUUACAUCUCUCUAAUGGUUGCCUGAUUAUUUCUCUUCUGUAUAGAUUAAUAAAGGAUCUUUAAUUCUUUUCUUUUUUCCCAAUUGGACUGAAGUUUCCCUUACUUUUAACUAAAGUUUUACAGUUCAAAUUGUGUAUUUUUUCAUAUACAGUCAUAUACAGUUCAUCACAUGAUUAUAGUGGAGAGGCAAAGGUUACAUUGUGGCAUGUGAAAAAUCGGCAAAGAGUAAAGCAUGCAACAGUCUUUUGACAUGCUGCAAGAACAUUAUUACUCUUUUCACUAUCAGUCAUCAACUGAUGUAGACACUGAUGAAGAUACUCCAGAAACUCUCAUGGUUACAUUAAAACUUACAUUGGUACAUUAAAGCUUAAGGGGAUACAUUGAAACUUACAGUACCUGAUUACAUUGAAACUUAGUUAACAUUGAAACUUACAUAGUUACAUUGAAACUUGUGUAGUCAAAUUGAAACUUACGUAGUUGCAUUGAAAUAAACGUAGUUACUUUGAAAUUUAUGUAGUUUAAAACUUGCGUAGAUACAAUCAAACCUACAAGGUUACAUUGAGACUUACAUAGUUACAUUGAAAUGUUAAUUAUUUAAUAGAAUCACAUGCAUUUAUUUGUUUAUUAAUCUAUUGAUCAAUUUAAUGUGUUUAUUGAUUAAUUGAUUGAUUGGCUGAUCGAUUUUAUGAAUAUUUUAUGGGAUGAUAAAAGAUGGAAAUAUUCAUAUUUUAAAACUGUAUUAAUGAUGAUACGGUUGACGUUUAAUUGAAGUACAGGACAAGAUUUUGCAUUGGUUGAAUUGAAUAGAUAUUUAUGUGUUUGUACAGCAUUUUACAAGUUUUCUUGUUCACAUACGAAAAUGUAAGAUGUAAAGUAAAUGGACUGCUACUAUAAAAUAGCUCUCUGGCUGCUAUAUCAAUGCUAUCCCAAUGUUGUCACAGGUAAAGAUUCUACUGAAUGUCUCAUUGUCUGACAUAUUUUAAUUUAAGCCCGCAUUCAUCCAUUUAAUCUUAUUGAAAAAAAACAUCCAUAGCUAUCCAUCAUGCAAUUAGCUUUGAUAGUAAUAAUAAUAAUCGUGAUUUUAUUAUUUUUAUUUCUUAUACAUUUAGCUAGAUGUGCCUUUACACUGUUAAAAUUGUUCAACCUUUUCUCAAUACCACUGAAACAUUUUUAAGACACAAAGGGAGGUUUAAAUUCUAUUACCAAAUGUAAUGAAUUAAAUAUGAAAUAUUAUUCGUUGCAAAAAUUGAUAACUGAAUUAUGUGUUAACAACUUGUACAUUUUUUUAAAAUAUGAAAGUAGCAAUAUACAAUGUGUAAAUGUAAAGUUAGAAAAUAACCUGAUGCUUGCUUGUCAUUGUGCUGAUUUGCAUACAGGUGUGACUCAAUCUAUUAGCAAUCUGGGAACAAUGAAUAUUUAAUGAGAGUGUGCAGUGAACUUCAGUAUCCUGUAUGUUGAUUGGGCAAAUGGUCUCUUAACUGACCACCUUGCAUUUAAUAUAGGGACCUAAAAUCUUUAAUGUGAUUAUCAUUCAACAACAUAGAUAAAAGCAUCUUUCAUUGUGUAGAACCAUAACUUGUAAAUUGAAGUAUUUAUCAAAGAUAAUACUCAUUAGAUUACAAUUUGAAUAAAUCAGAGAAUGAUGUCAAAGGUUAUUAAAUGUUAGCUUUCAUGAGUAAUUGAAAACUUGAUUGUUAGUGUUGUUGUCACACCAAAGCAAUGUCUCAUCUGACUUCCCAGAAGUCUGUAGACCGUUAGACUGUAGACAAAGUAUAUGUAAUGUCAAAUGACAACACCUAGCUAAACUGUAUAUUGUAAAAGCGAUAAAUGUUGUUUUGUAUUUGGUGUUUUAGAGUACAUUGUAGGAACUUGUUCUCCUGUUUGUAAAUUGCUUUGGCCAAAGUAUUGUUUAUUUUUUAAUGCAUUUGCAAAUUUUCUUUUAAUAAUCUGUACCUUUUCCAGUAAAACCGGAAAUUUUUUUCCUAGAUAUUGGCAGAAUUUUUUAGGCUUCUGAUCAGUCUUUUGCACUGCCCCGUCACUUUGUUGUAUGACUGUAUUUAUCCAGAUUUAAGAUUCAGUAUUAGUAAAUAAAUGUUUUUUAUCACAUACUUUUUAGAGUAGGCUAGCAGAAUAACUACCUAGAAAACAUAAGACUACAUUUUGAUAAAGUCUAGAGAUAGAGGAAUACAGUACAAAUGUUCAUAUCCCAAAUUAUUUGUCGUCUGAAAUAUCGGGAUGCUUAUUGGCUUUUAAAAAAUAUUGAAAAAUGCAUAUGGUUAAAUACAUAAUUACAUACAUCAUAAGAAACUACGUCUUCUGGCGCUGAGGUAUGGGCUCGUUUAUAAUCGGUAAAUGACCAAACUUAUCUGCAGACCUGUAUGGUAUCAUAUGUUGGUAGAAGUUUACAUAUUCUGAGAUAAUUGAGAUGGUUGAGAUACAUGCUACUAUGACAUUUGUCAUUCACUGUACCAAUUUUGUAAACUUGAAGGAGGUAAAAGUUGUGAGGGGAGGGGUAGAGGGUGGCUUGCUAAUCAAAAAAGGUUGCUAUGAGGAAAGAGCGAUAUUAAAGCUUCAGUGAUUCUAAUAGCAGCCAGAUAUCUACCCUCUUUGUAAUUUUCCCCAAUCCAUUCAAGAUAUUUUGGCCCCUUUUGCUGUCCAUAUUUUACCAGGUUGAAAAUGGAUUAGUAGUUAAAGCCUGUUUUUAAUUUUUUUAAAUUUUUUUUACAGAAACUGGCUUUCUUACAUUUUCAUGUUAGACAGAGUAUACCUAGUUAUUGUUAAUAGAUUGUAUUUGCAAUUGGCAUACUUUUGAUAAACCAUUUUGCCAUGGAUUUUUUGGAAUUUAAAAGAGUACUUAGUGUCCACUCAAAGUAAAUGCGAGCCUAAUAGGUUUAGAUUUUUAUGAGAAUGACAUGAUAAUGUUUGUGAGAUUCUUGUAGUGAUUUGUGAGAUUUUCACCAUAGAGCAUUGUGGGAGUCUUGACAUAGUGUAAGCAAAACAAACUUUUUCCUGUCGAAUCAAAACUGUAAUUUGUUCGGGGCGGGAUUAUCUGAGGAACAAAUUUUGAAAGGGUGAGAGAUCAUCAGUGUUCGAGUAUCUCCAUUUUGUUGGUUUUAUCUGUGCUCAUGCUAAUACUAAAAAAUGUAAUAAAUUAACAUAUUUUAAUUUAUUAGUUUAUGGCUUUUAAUUUUUAAAGAUAUUUGGUAACAAUAUUUUGUCUACUAUUACUGUAAGUUUGAAAUAUUUUUAAUAAUCUAUCUUUUGUUGAACAAAGAAAGACAAAAGAAUAUGUAUUUUACAAUUUCAUACUCGUUACUUGUUUUAUUAUUUUUUUCAAUUUUAACUUUUCAAUAGUCAGUUUUAUGUCAUUUGCAAUACACCUCUGAAUCAUCGAAGUGCUACAUCCUUAAUUGUCCAGGCUGUCAUUUUAUGUUUUACAAAACCAUAUGACAUGCCUUGAUAUGGUCAUGAUGACAUCACUUCAUGACCAUAUAUAGGCACAUCACGACUAUAUAAGGGCAUACAACAGUUUUUAAUGAGAUGUGUUAAGCCCUUGUUAAAAACUUGUAUGCCCAUAUUUAGUCAUGAUGUGCCUAUAUAAGAUGUUAUCAUGACCAUAUUUAGGCAUGUCACAUGUUUUUGUCAAAUAAAAUUUGAUAGUCUGUGGAGGGCUUAUGUUUCAUCAUUCAUUUGUCAAUAACUGAUCGUACACUUAUAUUUCUAGUUUGUAAUCAUUGGAUACUUAACAUAAUCAUUUCCCAUCAAAUUACAUGGAACAAUGGGGGCCCUUAUCUUUACUCUGUUAGUAAUAUGUUGCGCUCAGUUGCCGUAAGCUCUUAAGUUACGGGGAUUAGAAUUUUUACGCAUGUUGCUCUCAAGACAGUUGAUUUGUUUUUGAGAUUUUCAACGAGAUUGAGAUAUUUUCUUGUUUUUUCAACUGAAGUCCUGUCUAGACAGUCAUGCCUUAAUAUGGUCAUGGUGACAUCACAUCAUGACCAUAUAUAGGCACGACAUGACUAUAUAUGGGCAUACAACGUUGGAUAAUCUGGACAGAGUUUAAGUGUAUGGUUCUAUCUGUAAAAGCAUGUGGUUGCAUGAUCUGGAAAAUUAAACUUCGUAUCCGUACCCAAAAAAAUUGUACAGACAUUUCUGAAGUAAACUUGAGCAGUUGACUAGCUGUUGGCUGGCUCAAUAUGUCAAAAUA